CGUUCUCUUUCUGGCAAACAAUCUAGACUACAUGGGACAUGUCAUCGAGAGCAUGACUCUGUGACCAUCCGCUGCGACUAACUUCCAUGAAAUCAUAUUGUUCUGGCCCUAUUAUUGGGUGAUUCUCAUGCCCAUGCCGACUCAGCCCUCGUUUUCCGCGGCUAGUAAGUACACUCUGGACGUCGAUCCACUUCAUUCACUCCAUGCAAGGCUCGAUGUUGACCUGGGCCCAUGACAGACCAGGCGUCUGGUCUCUUCAUCGUUAGUACAUCUCUGGACAAACCAGAUAAGGAGACGCGCAAGUUCAUCCGCAGCCAUGUCAUGCGCGGGAAGAAUACGCGCAAGUCGAGACACACCAAGGAGCUAGUCAAGCAUUCUGAAUCGGUCGCCCAAGACAAUUCACAAAAUGCCAGAAUCCAAGGGCUCCAGACAGAGAAGAGCCAACAUGAAAGAAACGAAUGGAGUCUUAUGUCACCCCGGAUGAUUGCCUCCGAGAUCCAGCUUUACGGGUAUGUAGAGGAGUUAAGACCAUAUAUGAUGGAUCUCAUCCGAAAAGCUUUCACCAUCAUCAAGCCAGCCACCUACACCAUAGAGGUCACUCUGGUUGAAGGUCAAAGGACUGAUAUGUUGUGCUUCUCCAAUUUCUCCCAACAUCCCGCCCUAUUUCACUCCAUCCUAUUCACCUCCCAAGCCUUCUGGGAUCUAUCACUCGGACAGGUUUAUGGCACCACUGCACAAUUCCAUUUAGCAAAGACGUUGUUCCAUCUCCAGCAAAGUUUGCAGGACGACAAUGAAGCGACGACGACUUCCACAAUGACGGUCGUUAUAUCGCUGGCAGCCGCUGCCGCCAUCCUCGGCGAUCUCGAAACAGUUGAGAAGCAUAUGAAUGGACUCCGUCGGAUGAUUGAAUUGCGUGGUGGGCUACAGACGCUCCGUGAGGGAAGUAUCGUCGAACACAAGGCUCAAAGAAUUGACUUCGGGCUGGCCUUGGCAACUGGGAGCAGCCUGAGGUUCAUGAAUGAGAACAUAUCCUGGAACCCUCAAAUUGCUCAUGGAGUAUCAGUGACCAAUUUACCAGAACUCAGCAUGAUCGAUCCACGGCCAGACCCACGACUCUUGAACAUAUGGGCUGAUCUACGAGUCUUUUCGAGAGUCGCAAACGAAGCGACGAAAACUGGAGUGAAGAUGUCAGAAGCCUUCUUCUCUCGACUCAACACCUCUGUUCCAUCCCGUCUGGUCGCUCUCCGGUUCGAUCCGACAUCAAUGUCGGAGCUUUUGAGACUUUGCAUGAUGGCUUUCAUGAAAAGUCUUCUUAUACAAAUUGAAGGCCUCGGGCCCAAGAUGACAUUUCUUGUCAAUGGGUUACAGAAUGCCAUCCUAGCGCAAGAGUUCCCUCCAGCUCCUGAGCAAGCCAGUGUUCUCCUCUGGGUCUUGUUUAUCUCGAGUCUGUCUAUUUUUGAGAACUCCGACCAGGAGUGGCUGAAAGUGGCCUUGGUGCAGACAGUUUCGGUGCUUGGUCUCCAAACUUGGGCAGAGACCAGGAUCGUUCUGAAAGGUUUCCUAUGGGUUGACUUAGUCUACAACCAAUUGGGAAAGCGCUUGUUCGAGCGAUGGAUCGAGAGUGAGGGUAACAGAAACGAAGGCCAAGGGACCCCUAGGGCUAAGAACAAUAAAUCUAGAUCGAGUGAGGCGGAUAAGAGAGGAAGUCUUGCGACCUAGUGGGACGACAGAUCACCGACACUGGCGCGAGAGUGCAGUUGAAUAAUAAUACCUGGAGGUAGGUCACGGCAUCCUGUUUGAGUUCAGUUUAGUGAGAUCACUUUUAGCAGUCGUCAGACCACAGCAAAGUGAGACAAAUUUGCAAAAGUCAACAGGAAAAGUGUAUUGACACUGCAAAUGCAAG